GAAAAUAUGUGAGUUUUAAUUUGGAGGUUAUGUGUAAUAUAUUUCAUAUAAUGGAAUUAAUAACCAAAAGAUUUCAUGUUUAUUAAUUGCGUAUGGAUUUUAACACACGUGGAACUAAGGGUGUCACUAAAAUUUUCCAACAAAUAUUAAAAUUGUUUUUUUGAAAUAUCAUUAUCCUCAAAAUUAUAUUAUAAAUCAAUAUUAUUUGAAGGGCACAUAAUACAAUAGCUACAAACCUGGAGCUGUUUUUAAAGGUGUUUUCCACAUGCCAUACGGAUUAUAUUAUACUGAACUAAAUGAGUGGAAUUUCUCAAAAAUGUCAUCACGUUGAUUGAGACAUUAAUGUUUUUAAAUUAAAUUUAAUUUCAAAAGUUGUAAUUUUUUUUUAAUAUGCAAAUUUGAUUGACCUUCACUUAUAACGUGUUACUUCAAAUGUGUUACACAAGUUGACGAGGUGGCCGAGUGGUUAAGGCGUUGGACUGCUAAUCCAAUGUGCUCUGCACGCGUGGGUUCGAAUCCCAUCCUCGUCGUAUUUUUUGAUUUUUAAUGUAAUAAUUAUUUUUAUAUUAAUAGCCAAAACAUCCUUCGACUAAUUAAAACAAUUUUUUUCAAUUUACUUAAAAUAUUUAAAGAAUACUAAAAUCAUUUCAAACAUCUAAAUAAAUUAUGUUUUAAAUUGACAGUCAAUUUUUUAUUUUUAAUAAAUAUUUUCAUCAAGGUGUCAAUAAAACCUUAAAAUAAAAUGUUACUGAAAUAAUUGUACUUUCUUUUAUAAGAAAAAAAUGUCUUUCAUUGCAAAAUUAAAAAAGUAAACAAUUUACCAUGUAACAAAAAGAAACAACAAAAAAAUGUCAUUAAAAGCAAAUAAAAGUGACAUUUCCAUUAACUCAAAUCACACCAAUCAAAUAAAAAAAACCACCUUAAUUAAAUUUAACCUCAAAGAAGACCAAAAAUUAAGAAAGAAAGGAAAAAAAAUGAGUUUAUUUAAAAAGGAAAAGAAGGAAACAAUUAACAUUAAUACAGAUUCUAAUAAUAAUAAUAAAUUAAAAGAAAUAAAUUCUGGAAAUAAUUCAAAUGAUGACACUCCAUUUAAUCCAGAAAAGGAGUUUGAAGAUAUCAUUGCUCAACAUGAAGCAAAAAUAUUGGAAAAUUUAAAAAUAAAAGAAACAGAAGAUGAUGAAAUCAAAGUUGAUUUUAGCAACGAAACACUUAUUGAACGUGAAAUAAUUUCUGAAUUUUAUGAACCUUAUCAAUCAACUGAUUUUCAUAAUAAUAAAAAAUAUAAAAUCCAAAAGAAAAAAGAAAUAUCAAAAAAUGUUGAUAAUAUAUUAGAACCUCAACCAGGUACUUCAAAAAUGGAAGAUAUUAUUAUUUCAAAAUCAAAUAACGAAGAAACAACUAAAUCCAACUUUAUCAAAAUUGACAAUCCAUUUUCUGAUUUUUCUCUUAAAAAUAAAAAACUCAACACUUUGGAAGUUGAAAAUGAAAAUGGAAUAACGAAAAGUAUUAAACAAGAAGUUGAUGAAUUUCAAGAAUCAUUAAAAAAAUAUUCAGAUGAAAUAAAAAAUAAUGGAAAUUCCUCUGAAAAUGAUGAGGAUGACAAUAAUCUUAUAAUUUCUUGGUCGUCCUCUGAUUUAGUAGGAAUCAAGAGAUUGAGCUUUUUUAAGACAGCUGUGACUUCCAAUACAAUAACCAAUCAUUUAUCUCGUAAUGAUGUCUUGGAUAAUGUAAAAAAAUUUACAAAUAUGAAAUAAUUAAAGAUCAACGAUUUAUGAACGACUAUAACUAUAACAAUUUAUGAAAAUUGUUAUAUUGAGUAUUAAAAAAAUUAAUAAAAAAAUCCACCAAAGGCCCCGGGGGGAUUCGAACCCCCGAU